UCUACAUCAGCUACAACAACAUCUACAUCUCACUCACCAACCACUGAAUCAACAUCUGAAUCAACAACACCAACAUCUACACCUUAUACAAUAAAACCUACAACUGAAUCAACAUCUCAAUCAACAACACCAACAUCUGCACCACAAUCAACAACACCUGCUCAAACAUCUACAUCUGAAUCAACAACAACAACUGAACCAACAUCUCCAUCAACUACAAAAACAUCUACAUCUGAAUCAACAACAACCACUGAACAUGAAUCUAUAUCGACUACAGAAACAUCUACAUCUCACUCACCAACCACUGAAUCAGCAUCUAAAUCAACAACACCGACAUCUACACCUCAACCAAUAACACCUCCUCAAAUAUCUACAUCUGGAUCAACAACAACCACUGAACCAACAUCUUCAUCAACUACUGAAACAUCUAGAGUUCCAUCAACAACAGCAACAACCUAUACACCAACAUCUACAUCAGCUACAACAACAUCUACAUCUCACUCACCAACCAAUGAAUCAACAUCUGAAUCAACAACACCAACAUCUACACCUCAUCCAAUAACACCUGCUCAAACAUCUAUAUCUGAAUCAACAACAACCACUGAACCAAAAUCUACAUUAACUACAGAAACAUCUAGAUUCCAUCAACAACAACAACAACAACAAAUAAUUCCUGCACUAACAUCUACAUCAACAUCUACAGCUUUAUCAGCAACAACCCCUGCACCAACACUUACAUCAGCUACAACAUCAUCUACAUCUCACUCACCAACCACUGUUCCAACAACAACCCCUGCACCAACAUCUACAUCAGCUACAACAACAUCUAUAUCUCACUCACCAACCACUGAAUCAACAUCUGAAUCAACAACAUCUACACCUCAAUCAACAACACCUGCUCAAACAUCUACAUCUGAAUCUUUAUCAGCAAAAACCCCUGCACCAAAACCUACAUCAGCUACAACAUCUACAUCUCACUCACCAGCCACUGAAUCAAUGUCUGAAUCAACAACACCAACAUCUACAGCUAAUUCAAAAACAACUUCUGAAACAUCUACAUCUGAAUCAAAAACAACCACUGAACCAAGAUUUCCAUCAACUACAGAAACAUCUACAAUGCCUUCAACAACAAAAACAACAACCCCUGCACCAACAUCUCCAUCAACUACAAAAACAUCUACAUCUGAAUCAACAACAACCACUGAACCUGAAUAUAUAUCGACGACAGAAAUAUCUACAUCUCACUCACCAACCACUGAAUCAGCAUCUAAAUCAACAACACCAACAUCUACACCUCAACCAAUAACAUCUGCUCAAAUAUCUACAUCUGAAUCAACAACCACUGAACCAACAUUUACAUCAACUACAGCAAAAUCUAGACUUCCUUCAACACACAGCUUUAUCAGCAAAAACCCCUGCACCAACACCUACAUCAGCUACAACAACAUCUACAUCUCACUCACCAAAAACUGA